CCCUGGAAAAAGAGGAUUAAACAUUAGGCCGAUCCGCCCCGGAGUUUUGACCCUUCAACGUCACUGGCUGUCUGCGGCUUGUCGCUGUAGACAACCACAUCUCUCCCACCAUAGCCAAAAGACAGCGACUGCAGGGUCAUCUAAAAGGCCUCGUGUGCCGAUACAAGAAAGUGCGAUCUAAUCAUUCUCGUUUGUGCUCCUCGCCUCGCUACCAUGAACAUAAUAGAAUGGGCCUUUGGCAAGCGCAUGACGCCCGCCGAGCGGCUACGCAAGCAUCAACGGGCACUUGAGAAGACCCAACGUGAACUCGAUCGCGAGCGAGUCAAGCUUGAAAAUCAGGAGAAAAAGUUGGUAGCAGAUAUCAAAAAGAGCGCAAAGAAUGGCCAGAUUGGCGCCUGCAAGAUCCAGGCAAAGGACCUGGUCCGGACAAGGAGAUAUAUUCAGAAAUUCUAUCAGAUGAGGACACAACUACAAGCCAUCUCUUUACGGAUACAGACCGUCCGGAGCAACGAGCAGAUGAUGCAAUCCAUGAAGGGAGCCACCAUGCUGCUGGGCAGCAUGAACAGACAAAUGAACUUGCCAGCGCUGCAGAGGAUAGCGAUGGAAUUUGAACGUGAGAACGACAUCAUGGAUCAACGGCAAGAAAUGAUGGACGACGCUAUUGACGAUGUGACUGGUCUUGAGGACGAAGAAGAAGGCGAAGAAGUUGUCAAUCAGGUGUUGGAUGAGAUUGGCGUAGACCUCAACAACGCUCUCGGCGAAACGCCAACAGGCAUACAGAAGACGGCGGUCGCUGAUAACAGGGUGGCCCAGGCAAUUGGCGGCGGAGGCGGUGAAGAUGAUGAUUUGCAGGCUAGGCUUGAUAGUCUACGGCGGUGAGGAACAUCUCGUCUCGAUAUAGAGACACAAGACCUGAAUAAGCGUGGAGGGUCACAACGCAUAGCAGGUCCAUAACGGGAUCUUAAUAGCCUAGAGGCCUUCCACGAGGCUUUGAAAGAAGCGUUCGUGCCCAAG